AUGAAUAAUUUUGCAGCAAAACCACCAGCACAGUUACCGUUCAUAAUAACACGUGAUGAAAACCAAAAGAAAGUAUUUGGCCUUGGUUAUCCAAGUAUCCCGACGAUGAGUGUUGACGAAUGGUAUGACGAUAUGGUGAAAAGUGGAAGAUUUGCCGCCUUAAAUCCAAGCUCAUCAGAAAAUAAAUCGGCCUCUGAAGACGUCGAUGAUGAAGAUAAAGAGGAACAGGAACGAGCACGUUUAAGGAAAUGGGAUGAAUAUAAAGAUUUUAUUUAUCAGCUGAACUAA